AUGGCAUUAGAAUAUCCAUCAUCAACAUUUAUAGGAAUCGAUGUAAAUUCUUCAUUUUUCCCUCCGAGUGAUAAAUAUCCGCCAAACGUUUGUUUUCUUACAUCCAAUGUAACUUAUGGAAUUCCAUUUCCUAAGGAGACUUUUGACUUUGUUUAUUUGAGCAUGAUGUAUUCUGCAUUCACCGAGCAACAAUGGUCUGAAUUGACCAAAGAUAUUGUUAGAGUUUUAAAAUAUGAUGGUUGGGUCGAGUCUUUAGAAACAACUGCUCUAUGUCUAAAUCGUGGAAAGGUUACAAAAUGGAUAGAAGAGGCUGCUUGUAUAGCUUGCAUGAAAGAAAAAGGCAUUAAUUGUCGAAUUACUGAUUUGCUGCCGAAAAUAUUUGAAUCAAAUGGGCUUACAAACAUAAAAUGCAUUAAAAUAGAAUAUCCAGUAGGCGAAUGGUUUGGAUGUUUUGGUAAAUACUCAAUGAAUAAUCUUCGUAGGCUAUUCCAAAGUUUUGUCUUUCUUCCAGAAUAUAUGGGUAUAUCUUAUGAAGAAUAUAUUGAUUUGUUGGACAUCUUUGUUAAAGAAGCAAACGAAAAUAAAACUUACACUCAUCUUCAGAGAUGUUUUGCCAAAAAAACUUGGAUUGGUUGA